CCUGCUGUCCCCUUCCCCCGCGUGCCCUGGUCUGACCCUCGUCCCCUCCUUUCCCCGCCCCUCCCCCUCGGUGGCAGUGGCGGCGGCUGCUGUUGUCACCCACCGGGCCGCCUGUCCCGCUUGCCCUCACCGCCGCGGGGCUGGCUAAGCUAGCCGGGCCGGGGACAGGCGGCCACCUCCUCAUCACCGCCGCCGCCACCACCGCCAUGCUGGCCGCUCGCCCACCGCACUGGGGCCCCCAUCGCGCUCCAGCCCCCCGUGGGCCCAGCGCCAGCCCUGACCCGGGUCUCAGCGGCGGUGGCAGCCGAGGUGCAGGAUGCGAGAAGGCGCCCCCCGGCCGGGCUCCCGCUCCAGGCCUCACACCCCUGCGGCCCUCUGAGCCCACCAUGGCCGUCCCACCAGGCCAUGGUCCCUUCUCUGGCUUUCCGGGGCCCCAGGAACACACACAGGUAUUGCCUGAUGUGCGGCUACUGCCCCGGAGGCUGCCCCUGGCCUUCCGGGAUGCGACCUCAGCCCCACUGCGCAAGCUCUCAGUGGACCUCAUCAAGACCUACAAGCACAUCAAUGAGGUAUACUAUGCGAAGAAGAAGCGGCGGGCCCAACAGGCGCCACCCCAGGACUCGAGCACCAAAAAGGAGAAGAAGGUCCUGAACCACGGUUAUGACGACGACAACCACGACUACAUUGUGCGCAGUGGCGAGCGCUGGCUAGAACGCUAUGAGAUUGACUCUCUUAUUGGCAAAGGCUCCUUUGGCCAGGUGGUGAAAGCCUACGACCACCAGACUCAGGAGCUGGUGGCCAUCAAGAUCAUCAAGAACAAAAAGGCCUUCCUGAACCAGGCACAGAUUGAGCUGCGGUUGCUGGAGCUAAUGAACCAGCAUGAUACAGAGAUGAAGUACUAUAUAGUACACCUUAAGCGGCACUUCAUGUUCCGCAAUCACCUGUGCCUGGUGUUUGAGCUGCUGUCCUACAACCUGUACGACCUCCUCCGCAACACACACUUCCGAGGUGUCUCUCUGAACCUGACGAGAAAGCUGGCCCAGCAGCUCUGCACAGCCCUGCUCUUUCUGGCCACGCCCGAGCUCAGCAUCAUCCACUGCGACCUCAAGCCUGAGAACAUCCUGCUCUGCAAUCCCAAGCGCAGUGCCAUCAAGAUCGUGGACUUCGGCAGCUCCUGCCAGCUGGGCCAGCGGAUCUACCAGUAUAUCCAGAGCCGCUUCUACCGCUCACCUGAGGUGCUCCUGGGUACACCCUAUGACCUGGCCAUCGACAUGUGGUCCCUGGGCUGCAUUCUUGUGGAGAUGCACACCGGAGAGCCCCUCUUCAGUGGCUCUAAUGAGGUGGACCAGAUGAGCCGCAUUGUGGAGGUGCUGGGCAUCCCUCCCGCACCCAUGCUGGAGCAGGCGCCCAAGGCUCGCAAGUACUUUGAGCGGCUGCCUGGGGGCGGCUGGACCCUACGAAGGACAAAGGAACUCAGGAAGGAUUACCAGGGCCCUGGGACACGGCGGCUGCAGGAGGUGCUGGGCGUGCAGACGGGCGGGCCCGGGGGCCGGCGGGCGGGGGAGCCGGGCCACAGCCCCGCCGACUACCUCCGCUUCCAGGACCUGGUGCUGCGCAUGCUGGAGUAUGAGCCCGCCGCCCGCAUCAGCCCUCUGGGCGCUCUGCAGCAUGGCUUCUUCCGCCGCACGGCCGACGAGGCCACCAACACGGGCCCGGCAGGCAGCAGUGCCUCCACCUCGCCGGCGCCCCUUGACACCUGCCCCUCCUCUAGCACCGCCAGCUCCAUCUCCAGCUCUGGAGGUUCCAGUGGUUCCUCCAGCGACAACAGGGCCUACCGCUACAGCAACCGAUAUUGUGGGGGGCCAGGGCCCCCCAUCACUGACUGUGAGAUGAACAGCCCCCAGGCCCCGCCCUCCCAGCCUCUGCGCCCCUGGGCAGGGGGUGAUGUGCCCCACAAGACACAUCAAGCCCCUACCUCUGCCUCAACAUUGCCGGGGACUGGGGCUCAGUUCCCCCCACAGCCCCGUUGCCUUGGACGACCCCCAUCGCCGACAUCACCACCACCCCCAGAGUUGAUGGACGUGAGCCUGGUGGGCAGCCCCCCGGCCUGCUCUCCGCCUCCUCCAGCACCUGCCCCCCAGCACCCGGCUGCCUCAGCCCUCCGGACUCGGAUGACGGGAGGCCGACCACCUCUCCCACCCCCUGAUGACCCUGCCACUCUGGGGCCUCGCCUGGGCCUCCAUGGUGUACCCCAGAGCACAGCAGCCAGCUCAUGACCCUGCCCCCUCCCUGGGGCCCCUCCUGAAGCCAUACCCCCCCCAUCUGGGGGCCCUGGGCUCCCAUCCUCAUCUCUCCCCUUGACUGGACUUGCUGCUACCCAGCUGGGGUGGGUGAGGCCUGCACUGACUGGGGCCCAGGGCAGGGGGUCAAGGGAGAGGAGUUUGGCCGCACCCUCCCCACUAAGACUGGACCCUUGGCCCCCCUCCCCCACCUUGUUUUCUAUUUAUUGUACCAAAGACAGUGGUGGUCCGGUAGAGGGGAGAUUCCCCCUUAUCCAGGGCCCUAGGAGGGGGUGGGGGCAGGUAGGGGGAGAUGGCCUUGCUCCUCCUCGCUGUACCCCCCAGUAAAAAGCUUUCUCACAUGCCUGCCUGAGCGUUUGCAGGCCCUUGGCUCCCUCUCCUGACCCUCAGAGGCAUGGUGGGGAAGGGGGCGUGGGGAAGGGGUGCUUUGUGGUGUGGGUGUGUCCCCCCUGGGGACAUCAUAGUUCUUGGUGCAGGCUUGGGACAGCAGGAGAUUCGUGGGCUGAGAAGCCUGGAUACAGGAAUCCUGGCCUGUUGCUAGGAAUUGUGUGUCUGCCCUCAUUGGUCAGGGCUUCCACAGAGUCCACGCAGAAGUGGGGUUUUUUUCCUGUCAGGCAGGCAUUCGGUAGGUUGUGGGUGUAUUCGACAGGCCUUCUGAGGUACCACCGGGGGGCACACAUACGGUGGGCACAGACUUUAUCUCGCCUGUGCCCAGCCCCGUUCCGCAGUCAUUGCAAGUACUGAGAUUCCUGGGCAAAAAGCCUCCCUGACAUCCAGGUAAGUGAUUUUUUUGUUUCCGUGGCAAUUUGGAACCAGCUGUUCUCGCCCAAGGGGAGGGCACGGUGCCUCCUGGGAGACGGAGUUCUGCAAGGCCAGCUCUUUGCUUGCUUUUCUUGGGAGCUAACGCCCAGAAGUGUCUGCACACAUGGCUGGGGACUGGUGGUCAACCAGCUGUAGGGCAUUAUGGCUUAGAUGUUGGAGGAGCUGUAGAACAUGUUGAUUGGAUGGUGCUGUGCGCAGGCGGGGUGGGUGGGGAGGGAGAGUAGUCAGCCAACCUUGCAGGGGCAAGCGGUGGAGGGUCCGUGCAGAACUGCAGUACGCAGGAGCCGGUUGUGGGGAACGGAUGGCAGUUUUCUUUUAGAGAAUGCCAAUGAAGACUUAUCAGAGAGCUUUGGUUAUCUAGAGAACUGGACUUUUUUGAAGGGACUGAGACACCUUGAGAGGAAGGUGCACAGCUCAGUUUUGCCUCAACAUGGAAGUACGUUGCCAGGAAAAGAUGGCUUGUGGCAGGCCCUAGGCAAGAGUGUAGGAUGUGACAGGGUAGGGGGUGAUGCUGAGAGGGCAGGAAAGGACGGGUGGUUUCCAGACAACUCAGUUGAAGGAAGAAGUAGAGGGGGCAGGGAGGAAGGUCUCCAGUAUACAGAGCACCCCAUCCCCUGGUAAUAGACUCUUGGUUGGUUUUUUUAUUUUGUUUUUUAAUUAUGUGUUCUCUUGGUGCUGGGAAUGGAAUCCAAGAAAUCCCAGAUGCUAGGCAAGUGUUCUGCAUACCCAGCCUCCCAGUAAAAAAGAUUUUGAAUGAACAGUUCUGGAAGGCAGGAACUACAGUGACCUUUCCAAAUUUAGGGACAAUGUGGGCAAAUGGAAGUUACUUUUCUAAGGUCACACAGCUAGGAAGUAGGCUCAGGUUGCCGUGUGUGUGUGCGUGUGCGUGUGUGUGUGUGUGUGUGUGUGUGUGUGUGUGUGUGAGAGAGAGAGAGAGAGAGAGAGAGAGAGAGAGAGAGAGGGAGAGAGAGAGGGAGAGGGAGAGAGAGCGUGUGUGAGCUCCAGUCAUUAAUUUAACAAGGUUUAUUUGAGCCCAGAGGCAUCAGCAGGGCCAGGUUCUGGAGGCUGUGAGGCAUUGGAAUGGCAUGGGGUGUCACUUGUGUUGUGGUUGAGAACCAAUGCCCAGCUCCAGGCUGACUGACCACGGGGCACCUCACUGGUACUCCCAGGGUACUCUCAGAAGUUCAGGCAGGUGAGCUGUCUGUGGCGUCCUCCUCAUUGGUCUUCUGCCCUCACCAUUCCCAUGUAACCAAAGAGACUCCGAGCGCCUAUCUCCCUCCCUGCUGAGGCCCCCUCUGCACUCCAUCUCAGGGUAACGGUCCACAUCCUGUCCAUGCCCACCGGGUCUCCGCCCUCCACCCUCAUCUCCUGUGCAUUGGUUGACUCUCUCUGCUCCAGCCACACCCCGCUCCGCCUUUGCACUUGGUAUCAUUUGCCUCUAGACAGCGCGGCCUCACUGCCCAACCGCCCUUCUGAAUUCCACUGCUAACAUCCCUGACCAUUCUUCCUUUAACUUUGUUCUUGUAUCAGUCUUACUACUGCUGACACAUGUUAAAUUUGUCUUGUCCUCUGCCUCCCCUUCUGGAAGCAAGUGUUUGGGUCACGUCAUGCUUCCUCUCCCACUUUGGAGGGUGUGGGACUCCUCAGGCUCACUAUCAGAUGAGUACUUUCAGAGCAUUGAUCCUGACUCCAGCCUCCGGGGGCGUCCCACAGCCCCUUCUCCUCAGUAAACUGGGCGCUCCAGCUGUGAACGGUGGGAGCACAGCAGAGGAGGGACAGAGCCCAGUCCCAGGUGCAGUCAGUCAGGUGGCACGGCAGGGAGCCGACCAGGAUCCAGAGCACUGACAUCUGGAUGAGGGACGUCUCGUGUGGCUCCUAGACAGACUCUCCAGGCCAUAGGUUCAUCAGCUCUGUUCAGAGAGAAGUGUGUGUGUGAUGAUCGGAGCCCAGAGGCUGUGGAGGAACGCGGGGCCACACCCUGUCCAUCCUGUGUGUCCAUCUGCCCCCUCCCCAUGUUCUCCCUCAUCCCCACCCCCAUUUGUCCCGUAUCCAACCCCACCCUACCUCACCCCAUGUAUGGAGACUUGCAGCAGAAUUUUCAUCAGUAGGACAGAGUGUAAAGUUAGCUGUGUUGGCAUUUUGUUCAUCUUAGAUUUUUGUGCAUGCAGAUUUUGCCAUGUUCAUGCCUUGUGCCCUCAGAAGUCAGAAGAGGGUCUGGGAUCCCCUAGAGCUGGAGCUAGGGACAGUUGCAAACUACUAUGUGGGUGCUGGCAACUGAACCUGGGUCCUCUGGAAGAGCAGCCAGUGCUCUAACCACUGAGCUACCUCUCCAGCCCCAGGUGUAUAUUUUUUCAAUGGCUACACUUAAAGACAGUCCCUCUUGUCUGCUGUUUCUACUCAAGAUAAGGAAUCCCUUCCCCUGAAUAAUGGCUGGGCCAGAAAUCUGAUGAGCACAAGAGCACCAGGCCAGGAGCCCGGAGCAGGGCUGGCAACUCCUGUCACCCCUGGUGCCCAGAUUUCUUUUUGUCUUUUUGGUUUUUUUCCAGACAGGGUUUCUCUGUGUAGCCCUGGCUGUCCUGGAACUCACUCUGUAGACCAGGCUGGCCUUGAACUCAGAAAUCCGCCUGCCUCUGCCUCCCGAGUGCUGGGAUUACAGGCGUGCACCACCACCGCCCGGCUGCCUGGUUUCCUUAUAGAAGUCCAGCAUCUGUACUAGCUGAUUCAGCUGUGCCAGGUAUGUGCAUGGCAUGGUGGAUCUUCUUAUUUAGCUGACAUUAUCCUGGAGCAGAGACCUUAGCCCUUCUCGGGCCACUCCCCUGGGCCUUGUCCAUAUUCCAGAAUCAUGAAAUAAACAAUUGUGAUUUUAUUACACUGCUUUAGGAUGAUUUGCUUCUCAGUAAUAACUAACCAAAAUAAGACAGUAUUUUUAAAAUCAUACAAUGGUAGGAUUGUGUAGUAUUACGCGAUCACUAGUUGAAUCCUCACAGCUAAAUAGUACUGUUGUCUGCCCAUCUGCAGAUGAAAAGGCACAGAGGAGAGGUGUCCCUGAAGUAUUGCAAGGUACUUUGUCCACAGUAAGUCCUGAGUACUCAGUCAGUACCCUCAGCAUGGGCUCUGUCAGCGUCAGGGUCUUGAUGGGUGUCGAGGUGGUGGACAGGAGAGCAGCAUUACAUCAGGAGAGUAGUUGUAGGCUAUCCCCUUGGCAAGAUGGGACAGCAGCCCAUCCUUGGUGGCAUUGUAGUGCCUUGGAGUCAGUUUGCUUCUGACUUGCUCUGAGGAAUACAGCAGGCUGUUGUAGAGCCAAGCCAAAUUGGGAAGCCGUGGCGUCCUAGUGAACUGGUGCUCCUGUUUGCUCCUUGUUGAUUCUUCCGGUCAGAGGCACUUGCCAUUUCGUGAGCACUGGGGAGUGCCAGGGCCACAGCAGCAGACCAGUGCCCUGUUGUUCCCAAGCCUGCAUCCCAGGGGAAGAGGAAUGUUCACGAAGAACCGUGGACACUGAGAGUGGAGGGCCGGAGACGGGAGCUCUGCGGGGACGUUAAAGAGCUAGGCCACAGGGGAAAAAGACAUCCCUGCCAGGAAGAGAAAGCCAGUUCAAAGGCCCUGAGGUAGGCCAGAGAGAGCGGAAGUUGGACAGGAGUGGAGAAAGGACAAGGACAAAGGCCACGAGGAGAUGUCAGUGAGGGCUUGGCGCCGGCACCGAAUUACAUGGAAGGCAUCAGCCUCUUUGAGCUAGAGCACUGAGCUCUGAGGGCCUCCAGAGCCGCCUCUGACAGCCGUGUGGGCAGAGGCUGGAAGCAUCCAGUGCAUAGUGCAGCUGGUGCUGAUGAGUGCGGAGGCCAUUGUGGUCAGUCAGGUGUGGGGCGGGAGGUGAAGGCGGAGAGAAGCCCAGAGCAGCCAAGUGUGGGAACGAGGAGGAUGCUGGGAAAGAGCAGGCAGGCGCAGGCACGGUUGACAGUGGUCGCCAUAUUGCUCCUGUAAGGUCACAGAAGGGGAAGAAAGCCACAGUAAUCUCCAUGUAGGAUGACUGAUGUGGAGGCUACUGGGUCUGAACAGUGUUGAGUUCAGGACUCUACCUCUUCUUGGCUGGUCCUGAGCUUUGAAAGCAAGAGAGGGUCUCCUGGGAGUAGAACUGAGUCAGGACCUCGGAUAGCAUCUGGCUCUCUAACUGCUAGAGUGAGGCAGGCCCCUGCCUCAGCAGACUGCGUCCUCUUUCUGUGCAGGUAGCUAGCUGCUCUUGGGACAACUCUUGCCCCAGCUCUGUGUGGCCUUCCUGCCUCGCUCCCUGCCGCUCUUCCACUCUUGGUCCAACUUCAGUGAGCCAGGGUUGAACUGCAAGGGCCAGGAGUGCGGGUGUGCAGUGGCUGACGUGUCCCCUGCCAAGGGCUCUGGGACCCCACGUCUCAAUUACAACGUACUGACAGUGUGAUGGUUCAAGGAUUUGAACCUGCUUUUUUGGUAUGGGGUUGGGGUGGAUGGUCCGUUAACGUGUGUGGAUCUGGGAAGUGGGCAGGAAACACUAGUGGUAGGCAUCCUGCCCUGUAUAAAGUAGUCUAGCAGGCUGAGCUGGGACGGACUCACGGUUAGGUCAGAAGCAUUUCUUCCCACGUGUCCCUGCAAACCAGACACAGUGAUGGCAGGGCCAGGCUGGCUUUUUUAUAAUACUCACAGGGACUAACGGGAGUCUCUUAAAAAUGUAUCAGAGAGCACACCCUAGUGACAUCAUUACGGUGGAGAUCAAGUUUCCAACACAUGCCCCUCUGAGCAAUGGUCACACUCCAGGGCAGAAUACAGUACUUGGCAGCGAGAGGCCGCGGUAGGGCUGUGGCAGUGCCCCCUGCCCUGAGUGUCACCACUGCUGGCACUCCUUACCAGUGGCUCUGGCUUGUGGGAUUCUAGUGAGAUUUGUUGUAUUUCCUUUUGUCAGUUUAUUUCCAUAACGGUUGUGUCGGCAUGAACUUGCCGUGUCCAUUUCCUGUCGGUAUAGCCUGGUGUGGUUGUGACUCUGUCUGAGCUGCGGUUGGCUGUCUCCUGGGCAGGCCCCUGUGUCCUCCCUGUUGUCUGUCCUUGAGUUUGCUCUCUCUGUCCCUGCACCGUGUCUCUGGUUCAUGGGCUUUUCUGCAGGCAGCUCGGGACCCUUCUACUGGAGAAUGGUGUUAGACUCAGGUCUAGGCAAGGGAGUGCCACUGCCGCCUGUCCUAGCUGCUGCUGCCUAGGGCGUCACCCACCCAUAGCCCCCCCCACACACACACACACACAUACACACACACACAUCUCUGUGUUCCUCUGUUCAUGCUCUGACUCAGGUCAGCACCCAGGAGCCACACAGAUUCCUGCUUCUUCUGGAUGGCGAGCAAACUCCUUUGUGUGCUCUUCACUCUUGUCUUGUGGUCAUCUUGGCAGAAGCCGGCCGCGUGGCCAGGCCUGCAUGUGAAGCACUUCUCUCUGCGGCCAGACUUUGCCUGCCAUUCUGGCCCGGAGACAGCAGCAUCGAGCAGGUUACAGUGCUUUCCCUGUUCUCCGGGUGGCGCCUCCUCACUCGCCUCACUCAGCGGCAGGCUCACAGAAACUCUUGUUUCCUACCUGUGCUGGGAAGACCCUCCUAGUCUCAAGGCUUGUCAGAUGCCCUUUGCCCGGGUAGUCCUUGGGCUCUAGAUCUGUAUGCCGCCUCAUCCUGCCCUCCCUCAGAUAGCCCUGGUGUGGCCACCAGCUCACCCAGCCUGUCCGCUGGGGCUCGCAGCUCCUCCCCACCCCCACCCCACUCCCCAUCACUCUGCCUCACCCACUGCUGUCCUCCCACUCCCAACCCCCAUUUUCACCCUGGUUAAACUCUGGGAAACCACUAAAAAGUUCCACAGUGUGUAGCCACAAGGAAACAAACGUCCAGGAAUCUGUUCCUUCCUGCACAGGCCCUGCACAGUGGGAGGGGGAAAGGUCUGCCUCUGUGUCCGUCAUGUCAGCCCUGGGUGUCCUCUUGAGUCACAUCUACACCACGGCUCCUGUCUCUCAUAUAUAUUCAAACUGCCCCUCCAGGCACCUUUAAAUGUCGCCAUCCCUGCCUAGAGGCAGCACUCUGCCGUGUGUCACAGCAUCCGGAGUAGCUGACAGAUUCUCUGGGUGUUGGCCACAUUAAGAGACUGCCACUGUUGAGUCUGGCUGUGAGGACAGUGAGUUGGUGACCAUGAGCUGUCAGUAUGGCCAUUUGAUCCAUCUUAGAAUGACCAGUGUGGUGACAUAGGCCUGUCACAGCACUUGAGUGGCAGAGGCAGAUGAUCACAAGUUUUGAGGCCAACCUGGUCUCAGAAGCCCACACUACCAAUAACUGCCGAUCAUUCACAGUAGCUUCCCCCAGGCAAGGCCAGGCUUGAGUCUUUGUAGGCUUGUGCUCAGUUACUGCCAGAAGAUGUCCUGGGCAUGGGACCUGGGCCUGGAGACUCAGCCACCGUGGAACAGGCUCUCAGUGAGGCAUCUGGAGUCUAAACUUACCACCUGUCUUGGGGCUGGAGACGGCUCAGCAGUUAGAAGCACUUGAUGCUCUACAGAGGACAGAGCCUCAGCUCUUCACACCUACAUAGUGGCUCACAACCAUCCCUAACUUCAGCUCCAGGGACUCUAGCGCCCUCUGCUGACCUGCAGUCACCAGGCACACAUGCACCCAUACAUAUAUAUGCAGGCAAAACACACACACACAGUUUCUAAAAGCCAGGUACAGGGAUCAGCUUUAACCCUAGAUUUGGGAGCUAGAGGUAGGCAGAGCUCUGAGUUCAAGUCCAGCCUGGCUCUACAAAGAGAGUCCCAGGGCACCUGGGGAGCCGCCCAGUGAGACCUGUCUCAGAAAAAGAGAAGACAAGGCCUCCUGUAGCCCGCUUUGCCUCACACUCACUGUGGUCUGACCGUGCCCCUGACUCCUGCUGCCACCUCCCAGCAUGCCGGCCUCCAGGCCUGUGCUGUGCCCAGGUUCAGCUGUUCUCAGACAGAAAGGCAGGUGUCCUGGGCCCUGGGCGUGCCUUUAGCCCCUUUCUUCCUCUGCUCCUCUGAGAGGAGCAGGUUGGAGCGCUGGUUUUGUGACUUCUCCCUUUAGGAAGAGCUUCAGUGCCUUCCUUCACCAGCGGCUAAAACUUUUCCUUUGUCCUCAGUUGUCCUGAAGAGAAAGGAAUUCUUCGUUUCAGGGAAAGUUUCAAACACCUAAAAGCAGAAAGUCCCAAUAUACUUCCGUGUCCCAAAACCCUGCCUUCAUCUUUGCCUGCCGGCCUCACCCCCACUCUGCUGGCUGUGGUAGCAAACAAGUGUGUCUAAGAGAGGGACUUCUUUGUUCCUCUUUGAGACAGUGUCUCAGUGUAGCCCUGGCUGGUCCAAAACUUACUAUGUAAACCAGGCCAGUCUUGAACUCACAGAGAUCCACCUGCCUCUGCCUCCCAGGUACUGGGUUUAACAGCGUGUCCCACCAGGCCUGGGCUAAUGGAAGGACUUGUUAAGGAAAGGCUCACCAUGAUUUGAUUCUCUGACCGACUUACUCAUCUGCUGGCCAGCUGGGCACCUUCCCAGCCCUCUCUCCCUUUCUCCUACUUUCUGUGCACGGUGUCGUCUCGCCCUGGAGACUCUCCCGUAACCUUACACUCAGGACCUGUCUCCUCCACCCUACAGCCUGAAAGUGAUCCUUCUGAAGAUGGGCCAGGUUGUUUGGCAGUCUCGUCCCCUGGAGUGGGACAUUUAAUCUGCCCAUGGCCGCUUGCCGCGGUUGUGGCCUCUUCCCUUAUUCGGCUUAGUUUCUGGAUCCCUGUCGCCCUGGCCAGGCCAGGCCAGGCCUCACCUCUGGGGAUGCUCCUCGCGUGUGGCAUCCAUACCAGUCAAAGGAGGCGUGAAUGAUGGCUGCCUGUGGGAGGGAAGCUUCUUGAGACCAGACUGCCCUGCUGUACCCACCACAGGGCCCAGCACUCAGGGCCCAGGAGCCCUGUAUGGAGUGAGUGUUGUUAGCAUGGUGGGUGGGACGGACGGACGGACGGACGGACGCUUGUCAGGCUCAAACGUUAGGCACUUACCAUGAAAGCAAUAGGCAGCCACAGAAGUGUUUCCAGCAGGACUGGCCCAUUUCCUCAGCCUUGAAUGUGCAUUUGAGUUCUCUGGGAUCUUGGAAGGGCCCAAGAUAUGAUGGCCUGGGACAGCCAGGACCUUGCUGUGCUGUUGAGUCAGUAGCAAGCAGGACCAGUGUCUUAGGACGCUUGAGAAUGUGGCUCGUAUGAAUUGAGAUAUAUUUUAAGUGUAAAAUGCCCACCUGAUUUGAAAGAUGUGGUACAAAAAAUAAUUUUUUAUAUUGCUCACAUGUUGAUAUGGUAAUAUUUUGGAUAUCUUGGGUUAAAUAAAAUAUAUUAUUAAAAUUAA